UGCAAUGCUUUUGACGAGAUGUUUAUUUCUAAGCAAGUUCGCCAACUCUGCAUAUAUUAUAUAUAUAGAGACCGAGAUCUAUGUUAUAUAUAUAGCCCAUUGCACACACAACUUUGUAUCACACAUAUUAGAAUCUCAAGUCAUCUCAUCUUCUUUAUCAGUUUAUCUCCAUUCUCUCUAUCUAGACAUCCUCUGUCUUGGUUUGUAAAUGGCUUCCAUGGCAUCUACCCAUUUCACUCUAACCCUUUUCUUGCUAGUCUCUCUUUUCAACAUUUCAUUUGCUGCGAGAAAACUCAGUGAGUUGGUCCAAGACCAGACUCAGCUCCUGCAAUACCACAAAGGCCCUCUUCUUUAUGGUAAAAUCUCAGUCAACCUCAUCUGGUAUGGCAAGUUCAAGCCUUCCCAAAAAGCCAUUGUCUCCGAUUUCAUCACCUCACUGUCAUCCUCAUCGCCACAGAGCCAACCAUCAGUUGCCACGUGGUGGAAGACCACCGAGAAAUACUACCACCUGGUUGAUUCUAAGAAACCCUCCUCGCUCUCACUCUCUCUGGGAAAACAAGUGGUCGACGGGAGCUAUUCUCUAGGGAAGUCGCUCACACAGAAACAGGUCGUGCACUUGGCAUCGAAGGGUGAUCAAAGGAACGCCAUCAACGUUGUGUUGACCGCGUCUGAUGUGACCGUUGAUGGGUUUUGUUCAAGCAGGUGUGGGACCCAUGGGUCUGCUAAGAGUAGUACAACUGCCCAGGUUAAGGGCAAGAAUUACAAGUUUGCCUACAUCUGGGUCGGUAACUCGGAGACUCAGUGCCCGGGUCAAUGCGCUUGGCCUUUCCACCAACCCAUCUACGGACCACAGAGCCCACCCUUGGUUGCACCCAACAACGAUGUGGGUAUGGACGGGAUGAUCAUAAACCUGGCUAGCCUAUUGGCUGGGACGGCGACGAACCCAUUCGGAAAUGGCUACUACCAGGGCUCAGCGGGUGCGCCACUAGAGGCUGCGUCGGCUUGUCCUGGGGUCUAUGCGAAAGGGGCCUACCCGGGCUAUGCUGGAGACUUGUUGGUGGACCCAACGACUGGUGCGAGCUACAAUGCGCAUGGUGCGAAUGGGAGGAAGUACUUGGUUCCUGCUUUGUAUGAUCCUUCAACGUCGUCGUGUUCGACUCUUGUUUGAAACGGGUGGCAAAAAGUAGUAGCUAGUGGCUAGAUGAACUUAUAGAGAAAAUUCAAUUCAUUUAUUCAUUUGUUCUCUCAUACCAGAUGGCCUAAUUACAACAAUUAAUAUUAAACUUUAAA